AUGUUUGUUUAUAAAAGAGAUGGACGUAAGGAACGGGUGCAGUUCGACAAGAUCACAGCUCGCGUAUCUAGGCUCUGCUAUGGCCUGGAUCCGGAGCAUGUCGAUGCUGCAGCUAUCACCCAGAAGGUCAUAUCUGGGGUUUAUCAAGGAGUAACGACCGUCGAACUCGACAACUUGGCAGCUGAGACUGCUGCGUAUAUGACCGUAACUCAUCCAGAUUAUGCCACCCUUGCUGCCCGGAUAGCUGUAUCCAACCUCCACAAGCAAACGAAGAAACAGUUCUCUUCCGUGAUAGAUGACCUGUACCAUUACCACAACCCGAAAAACCAACGACCUGCCCCGAUGAUAUCGCAGACUACGUACGAAACAGUGAUGCGUCAUGCAGAUGAAUUUAAUUCCGCUAUUGUCUAUGAUCGUGACUUCAACUACCAAUACUUUGGAUUCAAGACUCUGGAGCGGUCUUACUUGCUUCGAAUUAACGGCAAAGUUGCGGAACGCCCGCAACACAUGAUCAUGCGUGUUGCUGUUGGCAUCCACGGAGAUGAUGUAGAAAGAGUCAUCGAAACAUAUAAUCUCAUGUCCCAGAAAUUCUUCACACAUGCUUCUCCAACCCUUUUCAAUGCUGGUACCCCUCAGCCUCAGAUGGCUUCUUGUUUCCUAAUCGACAUGAAGGAGGACAGUAUUGAGGGUAUUUAUGACACUUUGAAGACUUGUGCUUUGAUUUCAAAAACUGCUGGUGGUAUUGGUCUCAACAUUCACCGCAUUCGUGGCACUGGCUCUUACAUCGCUGGAACAAAUGGGUCCUCAAAUGGAAUCGUUCCUAUGCUCCGCGUUUUCAACAACACUGCCAGAUAUGUCGACCAGGGUGGCAACAAGCGGCCAGGAGCUUUCGCUAUUUACCUAGAGCCAUGGCACACCGAUAUCUUUGAGUUUUUGGAUCUUCGUAAGAACCAUGGUAAGGAAGAAGUCCGGGCUCGCGAUCUCUUCCUUGCUCUCUGGACGCCUGAUUUGUUUAUGAAGCGUGUUGAGAAAAACGGCGAAUGGACUCUGUUUUGCCCCAAUGAAGCACCAGGGCUAGCUGAUGUUUAUGGCGACGAGUUUGAGGCACUUUACGAAAAGUACGAAAAGGAAGGCAGAGGCAAGAAGACUGUAAAAGCCCAGAAACUCUGGUACGCCAUUCUUGAAGCUCAAACAGAGACAGGAAACCCCUUUAUGCUUUACAAGGACUCUUGCAACAGAAAGAGCAACCAAAAGAACCUGGGCACAAUUCGAAGCUCUAAUCUAUGUACUGAAAUCAUCGAAUAUUGCUCACCAGAUGAAGUUGCGGUUUGCAACUUGGCAUCUAUUGCGUUGCCCACUUUUGUUGAUCCUAUCCGGGGAGAGUAUGACUUCGGCAAACUCCAUGAAUUGAGGAAGCGAAACGAAGCAACUUCCGCCAUCGUCCCAUUGCUUGUGGUGUACAGGGUCUUGCGGAUGCUUUCCUUGCUCUGCGACUUCCAUUUGAUUCCCCUGAAGCAAAACAGUUGA